AUGACUGAUCUUGGGAGACUUCAUUAUUUCCUUGGCAUCUCGGUCACUCGAACUGCGACCGGAUUGCUUCUCCAACAGCAAAACUAUGCCGCUGACAUUCUUCACCGUGCCAACAUGACAUAUUGCAAUCGAUGCUCCACUCCCGUGGACACCAAGUCUAAGCUCACUCCGAUGAUAUGUCUCUUUAUGCACGACCCUAGGGAGCCUCAUUUUCAAGCUCUCAAACGUAUUCUCCGUUACAUCAAGGGUACCAUCUCUCAUGGCUUCCAAAUUAUCAAAUCCUCCAUCUCUCAACUAACUGCCUAUACCGAUGCUGAUUGGGCUGGUUGUCCAUCGACACGUCGUUCUACAUCCGGUUACGGCAUUUUUCUUGGUGAUAGUCUUGUCUCCUGGUCAUCCAAACGCCAAGUCACUGUUUCUCGUUCGAGUGUCGAGGCCGAGUAUCGCGGUGUUGCGAAUGUUGUGUCUGAAGCAACCUGGCUUCGUAACCUCCUCUUUGAGAUGAAAUGUCCCUUGCCUAAAGCUAUGAUCGUGUACUGUGACAACAUUAGUGUCGUCUACUUAUCGUCUAAUCCAGCCAAGCAUCAACGUAUAAAGCACAUCAAGAUUGAUCUUCACUUUGUUCGAGAACGUGUUGCGCUUCGUCAAAUACGCGUUCUUCAUGUUCCAACAAGUUUUCAAUAUGCAGACAUCUUCACAAAAGGGCUCCAAACAUCACUCUUCAACAACUUCCGCUCCAAUCUCAACAUCUACAAACCUCCCGAUUCAACUGUGGGGGCGUGUUAG